CCUCUUUUAGACGUCAAUCUGACCCAAAUUAAAAAAAACAGUAAACAGAAUGAAAUUAAUGUUAAAAAUAUAAAAAUUGAAAUAAAAUAACAAAAAUGGAAUUAUUUCGUUCGGAACUCUAUUACAUUUUCGUUAGAAAUGAGUCAAGUUUGUGGUGGAACAGAUUAUCGGGGGCUUUUUCUGUGCGAUCAGCCUGGGACAUGUCUGACAUAGAAGAUAUAGAAUGCCUCGGUAUAACUGAAGGUAUUAUUGGAAAGGUCGAGCAUUCCAAUAUAUUCGAACCCCGUUUAAUGAUAAUCAAAGAAAGUGCUCCCGUCGGCAACAUAUACUUUCAUCACACCAUUCAUAAAGUAAAAUCAAUAUGCUUUUUAAAUAUGGGCAUAGCAAACCAAGAACUUGAACUGUGUCCUUGCACUAAACAUGGCUCUUCCACAUCUGUGCUGAGUUCUAAUAAAAAAAUAGGCAGUCGUCUGUUUGAAAAUUCUGCAUUUUUGAAUAAAACUGUUGGAGCUGUGAAGAAUGUAAGCAACACUAUUAAAACAACUACACAGCAAGCAGCUACACAGGUGAAACAAACAGUAAAAAAGCAAAGAGAUCCUAAAGUGGCAGAACGUUUUGAGAAGCGGCUCACGGAUGAAUUGCAUAAAAUCUUUGAUGAUUCGCACAACUUUUAUUAUUCGAGAACAUUGGACUUGACAAACAGCCUCCAAAGACAAUAUGAAAUAGAAAAGAUGUUGGAAACUGAAGAAGGUACCGGACGACCGGUCACAGACAUAACGAGAUGGUGGAAACAUGUUGAUGAUAGAUUCUUCUGGAAUAAACAUAUGUUGAAAGAUAUUAUUGCACUUGGGAGUCCAGAUUGUGAUCAGUGGAUAUUGCCAAUAAUUCAAGGAUUCGUACAUCUGUCUCAAAUAGCCGUGGAUCCAGCUGAUUCUAACCCAUUGAACACGGAAUCUCUCACAAACACGAGCACAUGCGAUGAAACAUUUACUCUUGGUUUAAUAUCCAGACGGUCAAGAUAUCAAGCUGGGACUCGUUACAAUCGACGUGGUAUCGAACAAAGCGGAAAAGUGGCUAAUUAUGUUGAAACAGAGCAAAUUGUGUCGAUAAUUUGUUCGGAUAGCAUCCACAGGGCUUCAUUUGUACAGGUACGAGGUUCGGUUCCUAUCUUCUGGAGCCAGCCUGAAUACAAGUUUCGUCCGCCACCACGACUUGAUAAAACCGAAGAGGAGUCCCAUGCCGCCUUCAAGAAGCAUUUCGAAGAACAACUGAACACUUACAAGCAAGUGUGCAUAGUGAACUUAGUCGAGCAGCAGGGCAGAGAACGCGUGAUAUGGGAGGCGUACGGCAACCACGUCCUCAAAUACGACAACCCUAAUCUCAUAUAUGCGACUUUUGACUUCCACGAGUACUGCCGCGGUAUGCACUACGAAAACGUGAGCAUCCUCAUCAACGCAAUAGCGGACAUAAUAACCGACAUGCGUUUCUGUUGGCGUGACGACCGCGGCGUUAUAUGCACGCAGAACGGCGUCUUCAGAGUCAACUGCAUCGACUGUCUGGAUAGAACGAACGUCGUACAAACUGCUAUCGCUAAAUACGUGUUGGAGUUGCAACUGUGCCGGCUGGGGUUGGGCACGCCUGGCUGUGGUCUGCCGCCGCCGCUUCAGAGGGCGUUCCUCACCAUGUGGGCGGACAACGGCGAUGUCGUGUCGAGGCAAUACGCCGGAACGAAGGCCCUCAAGGGGGACUACACACGUACAGGCGAACGAAAGAUCACGGGAAUGAUGAAGGACGGCGUUGCAUCAGCAAAUCGAUAUUAUUUGUCAACGUUCAAGGAUGCGCUGCGUCAAGUGGCCAUAGACGUAAUGACGGGCGAAUCGAAAACGAUACCGGAACAACUGAUCGUGCCGGACUGCAGCCGAUGCACUUCCGUUAAGGAUCAAGCUGCCCCGGACACCGCUGCGAUGGCGCAACACGUCAAGUCCCUAAUCGACGACUGCAAGAAGAUGUUGGUCGAUACAGAACCGAUACUUGGAUCGUGGGGUCUGAUCGACGCGGAUCCACACACGGGCGAUCCCCACGAAACGGAAAUGGACAGCGUAUUACUUCUGACUAGUGAAGCCUACUACGUGGCGGACUACGACGAGACGUCGGACAGGCUGCUGUCCGUGCAGAGGGUGCCGCUGCGUGACGUCAUCUCCAUAGAACUAGGAACGUUCGACGCCAGUUCUACUAUUUUCGGCGUCGGUCGCAAGUCGAAUUCGGAGACGGUAUACUGCAUGCGCAUCAAUUACAGUUACAACGGCGAAACUGGAUACUUCCACAUGUUCAGGUCGACCUCGCUUCGAUUCUUCAACAACAUGGCGGUCGCAAUCAACACCAGAGACGAGAUGAUAGAAUCGCUGCACUCCAUAUGCGAAUCCAUGGUGGUGGCCCGUGAGGUCGCCAAGCUGCCGCCGAUACCCUUCCACGAUGGCAUCAAAUUGGAAAAGAGGAAAUCGAAGGUACAUCCGAAUCACACUCAAGCCGGGGGAGCCCGGGCGUCUCAUUACCUGGACCUCUCUCGUCUGCCGACCCUCACCAGGAACGUCAGCGAGACGCAACUGGUGGCCGACAUUCGGAGCGUCGGAUCGAAGGCGUUCAACAACAUGACAGAGCAAUUCAGCAAACUAAACAAGCUCAGUCACUCUCUGAACGCCAGAGCUAGACCGAGCCUCCAGCUAAAGUUCGACCAGAACACGACGAAAACGAAAAAAUUAUUCACGUUAGGUCAAAACAAAAGCGACAACAAGAAGAAGGGCAGCCUAUCGGACGGCAUGAGCUCCGAUUACUCGUCGGACGAUGAAAACCGGACCAACAUAUUCGAGCCGACCCUCGACAAUUUCGAGAACACGCAGCACUACAUCGGGAAACCGAACAGUUCGGGAAACGAAAACGACUGCGAACUCAUCGAGAAUCCACUGUAUUCGUCGAAAAUCGAACCGAACGACAACCAAGAAGUCUUCGUCGCGAAUGAAACACCGCCCGCCGUCAACUUGCCGAAAACGCCGACUAAUAUCGGCAAAGUAAACCCGUUCAAUUCGGAGAGGGCGCCCGAAAUACAAAUCGAGACGGAAGGUUCCGGAAAACCGGCACCACCGAACUCUCUGAUGCUCUCGCAGAAGCUGUCCCACAGCUCGAACGAUGUCAAUUAUGGGGAGAGCGAUGGGGUCAAUUACCACGUGAGGUCGAACUCCCAGCACGAGAUCGUGCUGAACAUCGCAUCAUCCCACAGCGAGUCCGCUUUGAGGCACCUCAACUAUAUCUCCAGUCCAGUUUCCAGCACCAGCACGACCAAAGACCUGGUGCUUUCGCCCUUAACGAAGCUGGCUAAAGGAGUACAAAAUCUUGGUGCUAAUUUAGAUCCGAGGAAGAUAAAGGGUUCAGCGGCAGUUAAGCAUGUAACGGAACAACAGUAUGUCGAACAUAGGAAGUUGCAGGAGAAAUGGCGCGACUGUAACACCAGACUCGUUGCGUUGUAACGAUAAUAAUUAAUUAAGCUUUUUUUUUGACAUAUUAUAAUUUUUUUUUUUUCGUUUAUUACGUACGCGCUCCGAGCGGAAACGUUGCGUGGAAAGUGAAUAUCGAUUUGACUAAUUUAUUUGAAAUUUGGUGUUUUUUUUAUAUAAUAAUGACUUUACAUUCCCAAUACUCUUAUAUACAUUUAUGAACGUAUUACGACAUCUUAAAUGUUCUGUGUGAAAAUCGAUAAUUCCAGAACGUAUUUUAAUUCAUCUCGUAUUAAUUAUAGACAAAUAAAUGUGUGAUUGAUUGGAACUAUGUAUAUAGAAAAACGAUAUUUAUUUUCAUUUUAAAGAUCGUUUAUAUUUAUGAGGCUAAUUCUAUCUCAGGAACUAUUUAAUUUUACUUUUGCCACAAUACUUGGUGUCUGCUAUUAAUAUGAAGUUAAAUUAAAAUUAAUGUAAUGAAAAUAAUAAAUAGUUCCAUUAGUGAAUGAAUGAUUGAAUGAGUGAAUGGAUGAAUGAAGGAAUGAAUGGUGUAAUGAACAUGACAUGAACAGACACGUUUAGUGUAUCAGUCGAAUACUAUUUUUAUGUUUUAAUGGGUUCGUUUUAAGACGUCUCCGCUCGAUGCGUUUGCAUGC